AUGACCAUGAGCUCGUUUUUGAUAAACUCCAACUACAUCGAGCCCAAGUUCCCUCCCUUCGAGGAGUACGCGCAGCACAGCGGCCCGGGCGGCGGAGACGGCGGCCCGGGCGGGGGCCCGGGUUACCAGCAGCCCCCGGCGCCCGCGAGCCAGCACCUGCCGCCGCAGCAGCCCCCGCUCCCUCACGCGGGCGGCAGCCGCGAGCCCCCCGCCACACUACGCGCCGCGGGCCACCCGCGAGCCCGCCUACCCCGCGGCCGCGCUCUACCCCGCGCACGGUGCCGCGGACACCGCCUACCCCUAUGGCUACCGCGGCGGCGCCAGCCCCGGGCGGCCGCCUCAGCCAGAGCAGCCCCCGGCGCACGCCAAGGGCCCCGCGCACGGCCUGCACGCGAGCCACGUCCUGCAGCCUGGCCGGCAGCAGCCGCCGCCGCCGCCGCCUGCACCGCACACCGCGCGGCGCCCCCCGCACCCCCUCGGCGCUGCGAGGCCGCCCCUGCCACCCCGGGCGUCCCGGCAGGGGGCAGCGCCCCCGCGUGCCCGCUGCUCUUGGCCGACAAGAGCCCGCCGGGCCUGAAGGGCAAGGAGCCCGUGGUGUACCCCUGGAUGAAGAAGAUCCAUGUCAGCGCCGUCAACCCCAGUUAUAACGGAGGGGAGCCCAAGCGCUCUCGAACCGCCUACACCCGGCAGCAGGUCUUGGAGCUGGAGAAGGAGUUCCACUUCAACCGCUACCUGACCCGGCGACGCCGCAUUGAGAUCGCCCACGCACUCUGCUUGUCCGAGCGCCAGGUCAAGAUCUGGUUUCAGAACCGGAGGAUGAAGUGGAAGAAAGAUCACAAACUGCCCAACACCAAGAUGCGGUCCACAAACUCGGCCUCCACCGGCCAGCCCGGAAAAGCACAAACUCAGAGCCCACACCCCCACUCCCACCCAGUCCCGGGUGCCUCCACACCCAUUCCGUCCACCAUAUAA